CCUCGCGACCUGACGACGUGCCCGCCACGCGCGGCAAUAUCCGUGGCGACCCAAACAUAUUCUCUGCCGGUCGCGACCCUGGGCUCCUUUCAUUGCCUACCUCUCUGCCCCUCCGCCAUGCCACCCCCAAACACUCCCGAAGACGAGAUCCAAACCGCAGCCAUGUCUUACUACCGAAACCUCAAUGGCCGUGUAGGCCCACAGAGGAGGCGCAGCCGCUGGUCGACAUCGACGUCAGCUUCAGCAGCCCCGUCUCCGUUCCCGCCCUCGCCAACGUUGGCAUCGUCGGAGCUAGCAUCCCCUCCAGAGUCACCACGACCUACGCCGUCCUCCACAGCCGGGGAUGGCCAGGGGCCGAAUUCAGCCGGCAGCCGCUGCUCUACACUUUGUGACUGCAUCCCGUCUAUCGACUACCAGUCGCUCGACUAUGAGACGCCCGUGGACCAAGCCCUCCAGUGCCCGAUUUGUCACACGCCAUUCUACAUGCCACUCACCACCAGUACAUGCGGCCAUACCUUUUGCGCCGAAUGCAUAAGCCGCUCGCUCGAGAUGCAGCCCGUGUGUCCUAUCGAUCGCCAGCCCGUCAACGCCGACCGAGACCUCUACCGCGCGCGGGUCAUUUGCGACCAGCUUGACCGCCUCAAGGUCAAGUGUCCGAGCAAGGGCUGCGGUCUCUUCUGCACUCGCGAGCUACUCCCCGCCCACUACAACGUCUACUGCGAGUACGUUCUCGUUCACUGUCCGGACCCGACCUGUAGCCGCCGCGUCCCCCGCGCCGAUGCGCAUCCAGACAAUGGAUGCUUGCACAGGAACAUUGCGUGCACCUAUUGCGAGUCGGAGGUGAUGAUUGCCGAACUUGAGGUACACUACGAUACUAGCUGCUAUGGGCACACGGCAAAAUGUUCCCACUGCAAUGCAAUUGUCGUGCGCCAUCUCAUGGACAAACAUCUCGGCAGGGACUGCCCAGGGACAAAGAAGUAUUGCAGGUUUCGCAGCCACGGUUGUAAAAUGCACGACACGAGGCCAGCAAUUGAAGAACACGAGCGUCUGGGUUGCGUUUAUCAAGCAAUUGGAGAGCUGAAAUCUCUGCGCCUGGAGGAUCGUGCGCGUAUCGAGGACUUGGAGCACCGCCUCGACGGUCUAGACGCGCGCAUCAAACGCAAGACAUCACCGCCUACCCGGCCCAGGGUCGGCAGCAGCAGCUUCAUGGGCGGAUUCGUACCGAUUGUCCAACCCGAGAGCCCGCGUGCCGCCGCCUCCGCUGCCGCAAACAGUGCCUCUUGGGGGUCCACCGAAGACUACAUGCUGGUACAAUUCGAGCGCCUCGAGGCCGAGAUUGAACGCGCACAUAAGAUGAUUUUGGAGUCGGAUAGCCAGCACACUAUGCGUCAAAUCAACGACCUGCUGCGCUUGAACGAGCAGAUAUACGAGCUCACCAACCGAGUGGGAGCCCUCGGCCUGCAGGUCAGGUCCCUGGCCAUUACAACUCAGCAGCAGAAUAAUGUCCAAGGGCGUGCCGGCGCCGCUAAUGGAGCCCCCUCGCCCUCGGGGAUAUCGAGUCCAGGCGGUGGCGGAGCGGGUACGAGAGGCCAGUCCCACGAGGAAGGACGCCGUUACCACAGCAAUCCGCCCGCGAUGUCCCGACGCAGCAGUGACGGCAGAGGCCAACACCCACCCCGUCUAUAGAGGCCCGCCUCGCCUGCACUUGCUUUGUUUUCUAAUACAUAAUGGAACUGAAGAGAGUACGGUAAUUGUUCGAACUCAAACUCCUCACGCUCUAAGCUCGGGUGAGGCUGUGCCCAUUCCGGAGCUCAUCCCCUCUCCUCUUCCUUUCCCGCCCAUUUUCCUGAGGGCGAGGGGAUUCAAGGUCUUGAUACCCGCCGAU